AUGAAUUAUAAUGAAAUAAAUAUUAAAGAAGAAGAAGAAGAAGAAGAAGAAGAAGAAGAAAAAGAAGAUAUUGAUACUUUUUUAUCUAAUUUUUGGUUAAAGCUUAACAAUGCUAAAUCGAAUAAAGAUGAUUUAGAUGAGAUAUUAAUGCAAUUACAAGAUAUUCAAAAUCAAAUUAUUGUUUAUUUUAAAGAAGCAGCAUCUGAGUGCAACGUUGAAGAGUUGAAAAUUUAUGAAAAUAAAUUAUUAAAAAUAAAAUGGUAUGCAGAUAUAACAACUAUGUAUAUGAUAAAUAAUUUAUCAUCCCAUCAACGUAAUCAUUUAAAUUUUCAUCACAAACAACUUAUUUAUUCAAAAUCAAUACAAGAAUUUGAUAAUAAUACAUUUGUACAAGUAUUUAAUGAGAAACAAAAGAAUACAACAAUAACACGUAUUGAAAUUACUGAUCCAAUACCAAAUAGGGUAGCUGCACAUCCUGUUCAAAGACAACAACAACAACAACAACAUGAUGAUGAUAAUAAUAUUAAUAAUCAACAAUAA